ACACCCUGUAUAUAAACACGAUUUCCAAUACGUCGUUGAAACAGUCAUAAAGACAAAGCAAAGAACUGCAGAGGGCUUAUAGCCUUAUAAUAAAAAAUGUUACAAGAAAAAAAAUGUAACCAAGAUCGACAAGAAAGUGAAAUGUUAAUACUUUCGAAUAUUUAUAACUUUUAUGAAUUUUCCUAUGUAAAGGAAGGUAUAAUGCAGUGUUAUUAUAAUGUCUUUCCUAAUGUUAGGGAUGGUUUAAUAAGGCUUAGAAACAUUUAUAAAGAAGAUCAAAAAUCUGAAUUUCAUUUGACUUCUAACUAUUUUAUAAAAUAUCUACCACCUGUUAGGAUGUAUCUACGAUUACCUGAUGAUUACCCUUCUAGAAAUCCACCAAAUUUUUAUAUUAUAUCUUCGUGGCUUUCUCCUUGGCAAAUAUCUUUUAUUUGUCAAAAAUUAGACGAGAUAUGGCUACACAACAGGGGACAAGAAAUAUUAUUUUUAUGGUUUGAAUUUUUAAAACAUGAUCUUCUUAAUUUUCUUCGCAUCAAAGAUGAUUUAGAUGUUUCAUAUUUAUCCAUGAUAUAUAAAAAUCUGUCGAGUUGUUUUGAAUUGAAUUUAAUAUUCAAAAAUGAUAUCCGAGCUGUACACAGUAUAUUAUUUUCCGAUCCGGUACAAUUUUUAAUAAAUUAUCACAAACAGCGAUGUACGCUUAAAUUUGAAAAAAAUUACAGCAUGUGUACUAUCUGUUUUGAAGAAUUCAGAGGAAAAGAAUGCAUCAAACUUGAAACUUGUAGUCAUAUUUACUGCAAAAACUGUAUGCAGAAAUAUAUUGCCAUAACAAUUAAUGAGGGUACCAUAGGCGAUAUAACAUGUCCUGGUUCUAAUUGUAAUUUUUCGAUAGCAUUUAAUGACAUCAAAGAUCUGUGUCCAGAUCUAUUCUCAAAGUACGAAAGCUUAUUAUUGCAAAUAACAUUAAAAUCUAUGAAUGAUGUUAUUUGUUGCCCUCGAAUUUCAUGUCAAUGUCCUCUCGUAUUGAAUACUGACGAUACAUUGGCAAUUUGUAGCAAAUGCGAUUAUGCCUUUUGCAUUUAUUGUUACAAGGUAUAUCAUGGAGUUGAACCAUGUUUUACAAUAUCAAGGGGAAUAAAAAAGCUAAUAGAAGAUUAUAAAAAUGCUAAUAACGACCAAAAACAAUUACUGAGAAAAAAAUACGGGAGACAACAAAUACAAAGAGUUGUAGAAAACCACUUAGCAAAAGAAUAUUUAAAGAAAAAUGCUAAAGCUUGUCCAAAUUGUCAAACUAUGAUUGUAAAAAUUGAUGGAUGUAAUAAAAUGAGAUGUAUUCAUUGCAAAGCUGACUUUUGCUGGCUGUGUGGAACGCACAUCACUUCGAAGAAUCCAUAUGAGCACUUUUUAUCUCUAAAUAACUCAUGUUACAGACGUUUAUUUGAAAUAAGCGAGGAAAAUAAUUUCCAAUUGUAAAGAUACAAUAUACAUUUUUAUAGAUGUAAAGAUAAUUACAAACCAGAAAAGUUAAUUUGAUUUUUUUGUAUUGUCAAACGAGCGUAAGUAUUACAGGAACCAAACAAAAAACUAAUUUCUUUGUAACCGAUAUAAUUUUAAUAUAACAAUUUAUUUAUUCCACUUAUAUACAA